GGAGGCGCGCUCGGGAAAUAGAGACGCCCCGCCCCGCGACCAGAGGACGCUCUGCUCCAGACCAGCACGAAAACACACAGGCCCAGAGAGCAGCGCCUCUCGUACUGAAAUUCCGCUUCGUGGGGGCGGCCUUGAUUGAAUCCUGACGAUGUUUGUCCCUUGCGAGGCACCGUGGGGCGCCCGGGAGGCGUGACCGGGGGCGGGAAGUGGGGCGGGAGCGGCGCUGCGGAGCCGGGGCGGCCGCUGUCAUGGACGCCUGGGUCCGCUUCAGCGCCCAGAGCCAGGCCCGCGAGCGGCUGUGCAGGGCCGCCCAGUAUGCCUGCUCCCUUCUUGGCCAUGCACUGCAGAAACAUGGGGCCAGUCCUGAGCUGCAGAGACAGAUCCGACAACUGGAGGGUCAUCUGAGCCUAGGAAGAAAGCUUCUACGCCUGGGUAACUCAGCAGAUGCCCUUGAGUCAGCCAAACGCGCCGUGCACCUAUCAGAUGUUGUCCUAAGAUUCUGCAUCACUGUUAGUCACCUCAAUCGAGCUUUGUACUUCGCCUGUGACAACGUCCUGUGGGCUGGAAAGUCUGGACUAGCCCCCCGUGUGGAUCAGGAGAAGUGGGCCCAGCGUUCAUUCAGGUAUUAUCUGUUUUCCCUCAUUAUGAAUUUGAGCCGUGAUGCUUAUGAGAUUCGCCUACUGAUGGAACAAGAGUCUUCAGCUUGUAGCCGGCGACAGAAGGGUUCUGGAGGAGGAGUCCCAGGAGGAAUGGAAACUGGGGGACCUGGGGGUCCAGGGACUCCAGCAGGAGGCCUGCCUCAACUGGCUCUGAAGCUUCAGCUCCGAGUCCUGCUCCUGGCUCGGGUCCUUCGAGGCCACCCCCCUCUUCUGCUGGAUGUGGUCAGAAACGCCUGUGAUCUCUUCAUUCCACUGGACAAACUAGGCCUCUGGCGCUGUGGCCCUGGGAUCGUGGGACUUUGUGGCCUUGUGUCCUCUAUCCUGUCUAUUCUCACCCUGAUCUGCCCUUGGCUACGACUCAAGCCCUGAUAUUCUGGUACAGGAUGAGGAGGGGGACCUGAAUUGGUAAGAUGGAACCUUAGAUUGUCCCCAACAUACCAGCCUCGUUCUAACUCUACUCCUUGGUUAAAGUAAAAUCUAGAGAUUUAGGGGUAGAAGGAGGAGCUUCAGAGAAAACGAGGUGAGGAAAGGUGACCACUUUAGUCAGUGGGAUGAUUCUAAUGUUCAGAUCUUCUGGAGCUUUUGUUCUUUUCCUCCUUCAUUGCAUUGUCUGUGUCUCUCUCGACGUUUACGUUAUCUCUCAUAACUCUAAGAUUCUGCAUCUUUUUUUUUUUAAUCUUCUCAGUCCCCUAUCCUAGGAACUUAGUCAGCAGCAGAAUUACUUUUUUCGGCAGGGCAGGUGGACGGUGUGGUCUAUAAAGUUCUGACUGCCUUCCUUUUCUUCACUAGGGUGGCUCAUGGGAGAUUUUGUCUCCUUCAAACUCCAAGUCAUAAUUCAAAGACUUUUGUAACACAAAGACUUUAUGUCCCUGUGGACUCUUCCUUCCUGCACCAGAAAUAGUUUGAGCCUCCUCUUCCUCCCUCAUGACUCAGGCCCUUACCUUUCCUUCUACUCACACCUGCAGAUUUGUGCUUACACUGAUUUCAGGGCUCUGUUCCCAGCCUGUUCGUACCACUUCUUUGCCUAUCCAGAAUGAUGCUAUGUCUAGCAUCUUGCUGUAAAUAUUGUACAGUGAUUCUGUGUAAAUACCUGGGAUCCAUUCCCACGAUGGAGAGCGAGCCUUCUAGGUCAGCAAAUUAAAGAUCAGUUUGCUUAUUGA